CUCUUUGUACAGUGUUGAGCUGCGCCGGAAGCUAGCAGCUCGCGUUAAGCGCGUUAACCGGACCGGGACACCGGCCGGCGGAACCGAAACAUCAGGAUUCCAGCGGACUAAAGUGACGGAUCGGGUACUGUUGCAGGAUCUGGACUUUAUCUGCAGUUAUCGGUGUGAAUCCAGUAAGUGGCGUGGUUUGGGGUCGAGUGGGCGUGGCUUGUAAAUGAGGGCAGUGGUUUGGAUUUUCUUAUCAUCUCAGGACCAGUAGAACAGCUGUCUCGCCAUCCUGCUGUGGCUCUGUGGAAAGCAGUGGGCGGAGUCAGGCUCAGACUCAGGCUGUCAUUGGCUGAGGGUGAUGAGUGGGCUGACGGGUGCACAUGGGCGGCGGAGCGGAGGGCGUGACCGGGGGCGUGGCAUGGAUACGGCAUGCUGGGUCGCCCCAAGCGUCCUGCGGCGUCUGUUCGAGUUGCCUGCACCGGUUCUGUCCCGUCAUCAGCUGAAGCGUCUGGAGGAGCAUUGCUACAGCAGCUCGGGGCGCUCGCUGCUCGAACCCGCCAUGCAGCGCUACUGGGAGUGGCUCGUCCGCAGAAUGCCGCCCUGGAUCGCCCCCAAUCUCAUCACCAUCGUCGGCCUGGCGACCAACAUCUUCACCACACUGGUGUUGGUGUAUUACUGUCCCACUGCAACUGAACAGGCUCCUCUGUGGGCGUAUCUUCUGUGUGCUGUUGGUUUGUUUGUCUAUCAGUCGUUGGAUGCGAUUGAUGGAAAACAGGCCAGACGCACUAACAGCAGUUCUCCACUGGGGGAGCUGUUUGACCACGGCUGUGAUUCGCUUUCCACAGUGUUUGUGGCACUGGGCACCAGUAUAGCUGUACAGUUGGGAACUCACCCUGACUGGAUGUUUUUCUGCUGUUUCUCGGGAAUGUUUAUGUUUUAUUGUGCUCACUGGCAGACGUACGUCUCUGGUACCCUGAGAUUCGGCAUUAUUGAUGUGACAGAAGCUCAGAUCUUCAUAAUUCUGGUGUAUUUACUGGCGGCGGUGGGUGGAACGGCUUUCUGGCAAUCACCGGUUCCCGUAAUAAACAUCCAGAUGAAAAUAGUUCCAGCUCUUUGCACGUUUAUGGGCGUUAUUUUCUCAUGUGCCCAUUACUUCAAAAUCAUAUUCACAGGCGGCGUGGGGAAAAACGGAUCCACUAUAGCUGGCACGAGUGUGUUAUCUCCUGUCCUGCACAUCGGCUCCGUCAUCGUCCUCGCCAUGAUGAUUUAUAAAAAAUCUACAGUCCAGCUCUUUGAGGAACAUCCGUGUCUUUAUAUUUUGGCCUUUGGCUUUGUCUCUGCUAAGAUCACGAAUAAACUGGUGGUGGCUCAUAUGACUAAAAGUGAGAUGCACUUUUAUGAUGUGGCGUUUCUGGGCCCUGCCCUGUUAUUUCUAGAUCAAUAUUUCAACAGUUUUAUUGAUGAAUAUCUGGUGUUGUGGAUUGCUCUGAUUCUGUCUCUAUUCGAUCUGGUGCGUUAUUGCAUCAGCGUCUGUAAUGAGAUCGCCUCUCAUCUGCACAUCUGCGUCUUUAAAAUCAAGCUGCAGAGUUCAGCGUCCGUCGAGUGACCUCAGAGGAAACAUCAUCCUUCUGCACUUUCAUCCCAUUACUGUACGUCUGCUAAGAAUAAACCAGAACAAAAGAGAUUAUUUACAUCAUUCUGAGACUAAUGUAGUUUACUGAACAAAAGAUGAAUGAAUGAAAUGACUCAAAGAAUGAAUGAAUUUAUUUUCAGGCCAGGUCACUUUUCUUUAAAUUGUUAUUUUAGGUUUAUAAUAGAGAUUGAGGGUUUGUUACCCAUAAUGCCUUGCUCUAUAUUUUUGUUUUAACGCUGCAUGUGACUCUUCGUAGUUUAAAGGAGUUUAGAUCAAUCAUUGUCUCUCACGUUCAUAACCUGCUGCUAAUAAUAAUAAUAAUAAUAUUUACUCCUCUCUCUGAUGUUAUUUGAUGCACUUCUGUAUUUUUUCAUGAAUCAGGUCAGAUUGUUCUCCAAGCAGCUGAUAUCAGACAGAUGUUACUGCGUUUUAUUGUUAAAAUAACUGAUAUUUAAAGGAUACGACAGAAGCGUGACAUUGAGUUUUAGAUUUAAAGCACUUAAUUUUUUUGUUUCUUCACAUAUGAAAUGACAGCAGAAAGAUUCUCGUUUGAGGUAAAACUUUGUUAACAUUGAUCAUAGCUGCAUCAUAUUUCACUUCAAAACAAAAGAAAACAUUUUGGAAAAAAGUCUCUUUGCGCACGUUAAGAUUUUUGUAUUGUGACUUCAUUUCUGUAGCACACUUGGCCCUCAAAUCUCAUUGCUAUAAUGUAAUAAAAUAUUUUAAAUGUGUUUAUUUGCCCAUAAUAAUUAUCACAGUGCCAACACUUUUAAUGAUCAUAAAUUCAUCUCUUAAUUAUUUUUGGAGUGUAAUAUGAUCGCACAUUGAUCUGCUUUACUUUAUGUGAGAUGAUAAAAGAUGUUUAAAUUGUAAAUGUUAAGGAUGAACUUGUUACAGUAUCAUAAAGUUGAAAAGUAUUUAUGCGUUUGAUUAUGACUGUAAGAUUAUAAAGUUAUAUAAGUCAGAUUCUGAAUGAUUAGUUUGAGUUACACAGCAGGAAUGAUGGCAAUACAAAGCUAUUUUUAAAAAAUCCUGAAAUGAUCCUGGUUAAAGUUUCAUCUGGACUUUAAAUCAGAUUUGUGAGAUUAUCUUGAGCAGUUAUUAAUGCAGUGAGAUUAUUAGUUAAAGUAAUAACCGUGUGAAUUCUGACAAGAGUCCAUUUAUAAAUCAAUGAUCAGAUGUGAAUAUUUGCCUUAAACUCUGAAUAUAUUGGUCUUUUGCAUGUAGUUUGGUAGGGUUUGUUUUUGCUAAAUGUCCUCUCAGGCAGUUUACAUAAUGUAAAAAUAUGUAAAUGUUAGUUUGUAGAACAGCUUGAUGCUGCCCCCAGAAAACUGAUGUUUAUAUGACGGCUGAAAACAAGUUACUGUCAAGAAUGAAUGCUCUUUAUGAAUAAGAUUUGACUUACACAUAAUGUGUUUUAUUUUUUUACUCAUAAACUCUUCACAUCAUACAGUGAAAUUGUCUGCCAGUUUAACAAUUGUUGUCAAAUCUAGUAUGAGAGUUUCAGUAUGUUUGUGAUGUAUUCAUCUCUUACAGUAUCAGAUUGCAUUCACACUUCAUUUGGAAAUCUGGUUUCGUUUUGUUACUUUGCUUGUUGCCAAAUAUUAGAAAUUUUCCACUUUUAAAAACUUUGUCAGAUGAAAAGUUUAUUUUCUGUUAUCUCAUAAGAUGUUAAAUCGUCCGUUUCUAAAUCAUAACAAACUGUUUGAUUUUAACAUUGCUCAGAUUUUUGAAUUAAAGCACCUGUAAAAUAAAGAUAACUAUAUUUAUGAUAA